AUGGAUAGCGACGGAGAGAACAAUAGUGCCUCCUCCACGCGACGGAUCCCGGAACAAAAGCUGUCCUGUGACCAGUGCAGACAACGAAAGGUCAAAUGCGAUCGUCAAGAUCCCUGCGGUCCAUGCCAAAGGAAGCAAAUACACUGUUCUUACCCAAUUGGCUUCAAGACAAGAGCAAAGCGACAUCGUGCGCUAGUAUCUGAUGGCUACGAAGCCAAAUUGAACGACAUCUCACAAAAGUUGGAUCAAAUCAGUCUCGCUGUUAACAACAUCUCCUCUCCCCUUCCCGGCUCGUCAGCCGCCCAUAGCGCCUUGACUUCCCAUAUAACGCCGCAAUCUUACUCAAACUCCCCGUCAGAGCCACUGAGAAACAGCGAUGAUGUAUCUUCGGAAUUGGAUGACGAUGUCACGCUCACUACCCAAGCAACAUUUGCUACUAAUCUUCUACAGCAAGUUGUCGAUAGCAACAAAGGACCGGGCCAAGUACACGAACUCGAGAAAAACCUGGAUGAGUUGCGGAAGAUUCUGAGCAAGGGAAAUGCAGGGAAUAUAGACCCUCAACUUAUUGAUACCCAGCGAACUCUUCAUCCUAUAGAACAAGGAGGUUAUCAACUUCCUCCGAUCCAUUUAGCUAUGAUGGCUAUACAGAGACUUCGAGAGUCCGCAAGACUGAAAUGCUUUUGGUGUAUCGAGUUUGAGAGCAUCGGCCAGUUUGUAGAGUAUUUCAUGACAGUCUACUUUGGCAAACCAACACUCGCCGACCUUAUCAUCACCCACGCAGGUUUACAACGUCUUUUACUGGAAUGCGAGAAGAUGGAACACGACCAGGCCCUAAAAAAUGAGCUCAAGACACAGGGACUUCUCUGCCGACAGAACCUGGAAAUGAUAUUGGCUGGUCUCCCGUUCAAUCUACCAUGCACAGCCGAUUAUGUUCUCGCUCUAUACAUGGCGGCGACAUACUAUCUUGACCGAUGUCGUAUCUCACUAUCAUGGAACUGUCUCGCGGCCUCAGCACAAAUGUGUCAAAGACUCGGCCUCAUUCGCGAAACCCUCUCAAAGCCAGAGACGCGAGAAGAAAAACAGCGCAGAGGUAAAAUAGUGUGUUGGAUCCACAUGCUGGACAAGAUGCUUUCGAUGCGCCUCAGUAGACCGUCUCUGAUACGCGUUGGAGAAAUCACAUUGAACUUUGAAGCAUUGGAGACUACUGGAAGCGACGGCCUACCACCCAUUCUAUCCAAAUGGACGGACUUUUGCGAUCUACAAGGCAGGGUGUAUGACGAUUUGUAUAGCCCUAGAGCUUUGAUGCUAUCAGUUGAUGAAAGGGAGUCUCGGGCUAGAGAUCUUGCAGCAGAUCUGAAGAAACUCUAUUAUGGAAGGAAUGCAUCAGAGGCACUUGAUGAGCAUAGAAUAUGUCUGUCUAUCUUGCGCGAUGCCGAAUCGGGCAUGCUUGAGCAUUACGUACACUGGGCAUUCAUGGCUGUACCACUGAUACCGUUCAUCGUACUCUUCUGCCAUGCCAUCGAGACGUGUGAUCCAGUCCACCUGGAGAGUCUGGCAGCUGUAGUCGAAACAGCACACAUCACCACAGAACUCCCCGACGUCUACAGAAAACAGCUUCGCUUAUUCAAGCUCAUGUACGAUGUAGCAUACAAAUAUGUAGGUUCCAGGGAAAGUAACCCGUCGAUCCAUGCAUCAGGCAGAAUACCCGAUACGCCUUUCGAGAUGCUUUUUGUUGAGGCCGGUGUCCCUCUUCCAGGGCACAUGGGCAUGCCGACGGGUAUGCAGAAUUUUCAUGAUGGGACGCAGCACGGUAGUGGUACAGGUUUUGGCAAUAUUCCGAUGGGGGACAAUGGGAAUUUGACAGAGUAUGGAGGUUUUACGCAUAGUAUGGAGCUGGGGAAUUGGUUUGAGCAGAACCAGGAGAUUUUCAUGAUGUUGGAUAAUAAUACGGAGCAGAACUUGUAG